CUAUCAUCAGUUUGCUCUGCACCACAGUGGUGCGCGCGUGUGAGUGAUGCCUUUGCAAAUGAUGUGCCUUUGUUAAGGUGGGAAGUCAAACUGUGACGUGACUGACACAGCCUUGACACUUUAGCAGCACAUGUCUUUUGACACACACAAAAGCUUUUUUCAGAUCCUGUCAGUUUGUCUGUAAUGUUGGUUUAGUUGCACUGUGGCAAAAUGUGUUCGUCGUAAAAUAUAAAGCUAAAGACAUGACAAUGCCUGCUGAACUGGCCCAUCACUGAUAUCAGCAUCUUCUGUCAACAGAAAAGUAAAUAUGGGGAACUGCGGCUCCUUUGAUCCUGAGGAUGAAUUCUCCUACCAUCCAGAUGAAUGGUGCGAUCAAUGCAACUGUCCAAAGCCUCCUGCUAGUCAGAACUAUGAUCCUCUGAUUCCGUAUCCCUCCCAGUACACACCUCCACCGUCAUCUCCUCUUCCAGAGAACCUGGUGGUUGCUUUAUACAAAUAUGAGCCGUGCCACAGCGAUGACCUUGGGUUUGAGAAAGGGGAGAAGCUGAAAAUCCUAAAUAUCGAUGAUCCUGAAUGGUUCAUGGCAGAGUCUCUGUUUACCGGGCAGAAGGGAUACAUACCACAGAAUUUUGUAGCAAAACUGAACAGCAUGGAGACAGAACCGUGGUUCUUUAAAAAUCUCUCCAGAAACGAUGCCAUGAGACAAUUACUAGCCCCCGGUAACACGCAGGGCUCCUUCCUCAUCAGAGAGAGUGAGACCACACCAGGUAGUUUCUCCCUAUCCGUGAGAGACCUGGACCACACAAUGGGUGACAUCAUCAAGCACUACAGAAUCCGCAACCUGGACGAAGGCGGAUUCUACAUCACCACCAAGAUCUCCUUCAGUUCCCUUUCAGAGCUGGUCAAACAUUAUUCACGAGAGGCUGAUGGACUGUGCACUCGCCUGGUGAAGCCAUGCCAAACCCGAGCCCCUCAGAAGCCCUGGUGGCAGGAUGAGUGGGAAGUGCCCCGUGAGUCUCUCAAACUGGAGCGCAGACUGGGGCAGGGACAGUUCGGUGAAGUAUGGAUGGGGUUGUAUAACAACAACCGUCGGGUGGCUAUCAAGAGUCUUAAGACAGGUACCAUGUCCAUUGCUGCUUUCCUGGCUGAGGCGAACCUGAUGAAGACCCUGCAGCACCCUCGACUGGUGCGACUAUUCGCUGUGGUGACACAGGAGCCCAUUUAUAUCAUCACUGAGUACAUGGAGAACGGCAGCCUGGUGGAUUUUUUGAAGACUCCAGAAGGAAGUGCUUUAACCAUCAAUACGCUGAUCGAUAUGGCUGCCCAGGUCGCUGAUGGAAUGGCUUACAUAGAGCAGAAGAACUAUAUCCAUAGAGACCUGAGAGCUGCCAACAUUUUGGUGUCUCAAGAGCUCAUCUGCAAGAUUGCUGACUUUGGCCUUGCCCGUCUCAUUGAAAAUAAUGAAUACACUGCCAGAGAAGGUGCAAAGUUUCCAAUCAAAUGGACGGCACCUGAGGCCAUAAACUACGGCACAUUUUCAAUCAAAUCAGAUGUUUGGUCGUUUGGAGUACUGCUGACAGAGAUUGUUACCCAUGGAAGAAUCCCAUAUCCAGGAAUGACAAACCCAGAGGUGAUUGCAAACCUUGAGAGAGGGUACCGCAUGCCUUGCCCUGAUAACUGCCCCGAGGGACUAUAUGAUGUCAUGAAACGCUGCUGGACAGAGAACCCAGACAGUCGACCCACAUUUGAGUAUCUGCGCAGUGUUCUAGAGGACUUUUUUACCGCCACAGAGGGACAGUACCAGGAGCAGCCCUGCUGAAAAGAUUUAGCUUAGUAGACCGACAGUCCAUUGGGUCACAUUAAAGACUUGUUUUGAAAAAAAAAAAAAUCAACAUAAUAAUCAAAAUUGAGUUAAAGUUAAAAACAAAGAAAAAAAAACAGAUUUUGUCUUCUAAUUCAAAUAUUUUCAGUAAUCAUGAUUAACAGUUCAAACAUGGAUUUUGCCAUAGCUUUGUACACAGAAUUUCUGAUGUGUACCAGGUGCAUGUAUAGUUUUUUUAGCAGAUGGAUUUAUUUUUUCCUUGGAUACAUUUGUGCUUUCGAUGAAUGAGUGAACACCCUGCUUUGUGUUUUCCUUUGAGCUUUUUGCUCCUAGAUUUGUUGAUAUAUAUUUUUUAAUAUAAGCUUAUUACACGACUCUGUGGAAUACUUGAUUCUGAUUGGUCAGUAGCGAUAUUCCGAGAUAUGUUAUCCCUCAUUAUUACAUGGCUCUGUAGAAUACUUGAUUCUGAUUGGUCAGUGGCAACAUUCCGAGAUAUGUUGUUCCCCAUUAUUACACGGCUCAGUGGAAUACUUGAUUCUGAUUGGUCAGUGGCAACAUUCCGAGAUAUGUUGUCCCCCAUUAUUACACGGCUCGGUGGAAUACUUGAUUCUGAUUGGUCAGUGGCAACAUUCCGAGAUAUGUUAUCCCUCGUUAUUACACGGCUCUGUGGAAUACUUGAUUCUGAUUGGUCAGUCGCAACAUUCCGAGCUAUGGCUCAUCCGAGUAACAGCAGUCGGCGCUGUACUCUUGCUUGAACUAUUUUUUCUUGGUGGAAUCUUUGAGAUUGUUUAGCUAAUAAAAUAUUAAAACUCGAUUAAAAA